CAAAAAGAAAUUGUUCAAAGAUAUCGAUCUCCUUCAUGACACACAAAGAACGUAUGCUUUUUAGUGCAAAAUAGUUUGACUUAAUUUCGAUAACGAUGUUCGUAUAUUUCAUUUUGGAUUAGUUAUUCCUGAAGUACAAGGUCUGUGGAUAAUCCAUUUUAAGCACAUUUUGGCUAUCUAUAUCGUUGAGAACUGAGGAUGUCUGUUGUGACGGUGCAACCAUCUAAAGGACGAGGUGGUUCGGCUUCCGAGAGAAUUCCCCUGGAAGAACGCAACGGGUCAAACAGCUCACAGCCGUCCAUUGUAGUGGACGAUUAUGACGAUGACAGCGAUGACGACAUCCCCAAAGGAAUGGAAGCACUGGAAGAUGUGGCUAAUCUCAUAAUUACUCAAGACAUGGCUAGAGAUAUAAAAGCUGGGUGUUGUUCUGGUUUGACUUAUGACAUCAGAGGAAACGAUGAAGACCUUUACUAUGCAACUGAAGACAAGAACUGUUUUUGUCGUUGGACAUGUGGACCGGCUCGGAGUUUUAUGAUGCGAAUCUUCGAUAGACGCUCCGACUUGGAGAUGAUGUCGCUAAAGCGAGCUGCGUGUCGGUGUGACUGGUGGUGUUGCCUUGAUAAAUGUUGUUGUCAGCAUAGUAUCAUCAUACAGAACUACAAUAAGGAAACAAUGGGCUUUAUCAGACAAAAGUUCCAUAUAUUUGGCGCAAAAUUGGACGUUUUGAACAGAAAUCGAGAAGUGAAGUUCAAAAUCAAAGGGCCGUGUUGCCCAUGUCGAUGUUGCCAGGAAUUGAUUUUUGAUAUAUAUGACAAAGAAGGAGAGAAGUGCAUGGGGUAUAUCCUGAAGACAUGGCAAGGCUAUAACCCAGAGACGAACAUGGACCACGAAAACUUCGAAGUCAGAUUCCCGAUGGGUAUAAGUGCGAAAGACAAAGCACUGUUGCUUGGCGCCGCCUAUCUUGUGAAUUUUAUGUACUUUGAGAUGUCUUAGUCAUAACAAUGACUACAGAUGAUGUCAUUACUUGGAACGAUUUCAUCCUGCAAAAUAUAUAAAUAGACUAUACAUAUCAGAGACAAAAACAUAAACCUAGGAACGUGUUUAGUACAUAAUCCAAGUUUGUCGCCGACUGUUGUGGUUUGUAAAAUUGGAGGCAGACUGAUGAUGAAUUGGAGGCUGGCUCCCUAUUUCUAUAAAUAUACAUUCAGCCUGCGAUUAGACAAACAUUGUACGCU